UUCGCGAAUAAGCUUGUAAGAGGCAAGUGAGUGGAAGAGAAGGGUCACCACCACCACCACCAUCAAAGCCACGGUGUCCGGUUGUAGUUGUGCAGUGUUGUGCGUCUGUUCUGGGUUGGUAAAUCUCGGAACGACCCCUAAGACUACCGCUGAACGGGUGCUUCGAGGCCUUGGGAACCUUUAUCCUAUCGGACGUGAAACAGUUCGGCCAGCAACUUCAAGAAAACAAUCUUCCGCCUGUAGCGUGCGCGUCGUUCCUUGGCCAGCAGCCAUUUCGCCGCUCGAGUACUGCGAUCCGCCGCCGCGCGAGGCAGUGGGACCGAAGAGGUUUUAGUUGACUUAUUUGUUGUUUUUCUCGCCGAGAGGUGUGUUGUUCGCGAGGGACAAGACUUCGAAAAGGGUGUGCUCCCGGAGGAAGGGAUUUCACGGUUUCGUGUCACCGGACCGGUGCGUGUUUGUGCGCGCACGCCAUAGAAUCAGGAGCGAAGGGUAGCGCGAUGUUUACUUGCCAGUGCCUAAACGUGUCGAUAGCCACAAACGAUGAGACUGUGCUGGAAAGGUUGAAAACAAACUCUAAUCUGUCGCGUCCGGUCAUUGGGGAGCUGCAAACGACGCCGCGAGAGUUAGUGAGCUUCUUCAAGGAGGCCAUCGGACCACUGGCAGAGGUCGACGUGCGCGUCCGGCUGGUGACGCUGCUGAAGACAAUCCCGUUCGAAGGAUGGAAGAUCGGGAAGUGCGUGAACUGUGACUGUCACGUGUUUGCGCGCGAUGCGCGAAACUUGUCGAAUCUCUUCGUCAACGCGUCGCUUGCGACCACCAAUGAAACGAUUAGCCGGCUGGCUACGCUAGAGAACUACUCACAAACCUACAAACUGGUGCUCGAUCCGCGCUCGAACGGCUUCCGGGGCUUCUUCCGGAAGGAACAGUACCGGGGCCUGUUCACCGCUGCCGCCAACACCGUCGACAGUACGAACGAUCGGAACGAGCUUCUGGAAACGUACCGCGAGUUUAUGCUCGCGAAAACGCAGGCCGCCAACGAGCGCAUCGCUCGUUUCACUCAGGAGCAGAACGAGCUGCUGUCUGCCAUCCGCGAUCGGGCCGAGCAAGAUUUUCUGUUCCUAGCGCAAACAUUUGUACCUGAGCUAGUAGAUAGCGCAAGUGGCACCGCGGCCGGGACCGCUUUGUUGGCCCGCUCCGACAGUGAUCGCCGCAUGGUGGUAGAAGAGGAGCAAUCGCAACCGGUGAUGGGCGACGACGGACAGCAACGAACGGAGGACGGAUCGACGGUGGUGAACUCGUCGAAAGCGCUCGAGCAGCUGCUCGCUGCCGCCGCUACCAGCACCGGAUCAGUGACGCCCAGUGCCGUAGGAAGUGAGAUGGAAACGCCGCCACCGACACCGGAGUGUAUGCCAAUGUCGACUGGCAACAGUCCACCGUCAAUCGCGGCCACUUCCGCUAGCGGUGGUAGCACCUCUUCGUCGGUGGCCUCGAAAACUAACGGAGCGCGCAGUGUCGUCGGACCUCUCGAUGGUGGUGCCGGUAGCGCCGCGAGCGUUUUCCAGAACCGCGCGGGUGUUUUUAACACCACCGUAGGUAACACCAUUAACAACAACCACACGAAAACUACCACUACUACUGGUAGUAUCGACCUAGGUGCCAUCAACAAUAAAUCCACACCAGCGCAGCAGCUACAUUCCAUCAGUACAAAUCGAUUUGCCAAUCACCCGUCACCGAUGGCAGCGCCGGUGGUCAGUUCCGGCGGUGAUCUGACGAUGACGGGCACCGCGAGCUCUCACGCUAGGUUCAGCGGCGGACAGCAGCAACAAAGUUCGCCCGACUCAGACUGCCUGUUCGAUAUUGAUGGCAUGGAGAACGACAAAACGCCACCGCCGGAUACCUUCUCCGACGAGGAUGAGUGCGAUUUCGACGACGCUACCGACAAUAACAACCGGGAGGGCGGAGUGUGCAUCCCGCGCUACCAACAGUACGGUCGGCAGCACAGCUCGAUCGCGAAAAGUCUUCCUAUUUCGGCGCCGAAGACAAUGACACAGUUCCGCGCGAACGAAGAUGAUCUCGAUGAGAUGACGGAGGACAAUGUAGAUAUUGCGGCCAGCAUAAAGGCGCUGGCCAAAAGCGUCCACGGGGACGCCGUGUUCGGUGAUCUGCCUCGACCGCAGGUGCAGCGGUUCCCGUCGCAAAUCUGAAGCCGGCAAACGAUCGUAAGCAACAAGCGGCCGAGGGGUUUGGCGUCCGCCGCGGGCCCGCGAAAGCCACGUAACCUUUCACUAUACAGGCGUGCAGGCAGCUAUCCUACGCUUCUCUGAAGAUGGCCAAAUAGUUUGCCCGUAGUGCUUCAGACUCAGUUCUGAUUGUCUCCGACCGGUCAAUAGUGGAGAGCGUCGCCUUAUGCUUACCACUCUCCCCCCUCAAACAGCUAAGAGAUAAGGAGACGCGAAUCACGACGAAAGUGAGUGGGAAAGCAGCAGCAAAACGAAAACGCGUCGAAUUAAGUGUGUAAAAGCGUAUGCGUUAGAAGUCCGGGAUUCGGACAGUAAUUUGUUUCUAUUUUAGGUCCGCAUCGUUCCGGUAUCGAUCAUUGAUUUUUCUGAAUCAAGUUUUUUUCUUUUCCCCCCCCCUCAAAUACUCUAUCGAAGACAAUUUGCGGGACAGCGUUUUUAAACUGUAGUGUACGUGUUGAAGAGGAACUUUUUUUUCUAAUUUUAAUCGAAAACCAUUACCUCUCUAUGUUUUUUACUAAUUGAAUUUGCGCUUCGAAGUUUCGUGUUGAAAUGAAUCGCUUCGAUUCGAUAGUUUCUCGGCGACGAUGAUAACGCACCCGCUCCACACCGCCUACUGCUACUACUAUUAUCACUACCACGAAUAGUGUACUUUACCGCGCUACACUCCUACGAAUAUCGGGUAUCAUUUGAUUAUUAAUCGUUACAAUAUUAGUGUUAGAGAGCGGACUAUAUGGUGCCGCCGAAUACGGCAAAGGCGUCCGUUGUCUGUUGAAUCCGCGGACGAGAAGCGGACGAACGUCAGCAUAGAAGCAAGUACGACCACAGGAACUAGCAAUACAGAGGCAAUCACCACCGGCGUUGAUGUUGAGUCACAUUCGAACGGCCGACAGAACAAGAAUUUCAUUUGGCCAAAUCAAGAACUGUAUAUCCUGAAAUCAUUAAAGCAAGGUUCUCGUUUUUAUUACUAUACCCUCCAUUUCGUAUGCCGUCGUUCUACUUCUAAUGCCAGCGGUCCGUUAGUAGAUACUAAUAUCGUUGUUCGAUGGGGAUCCGAUUGUUUUACCGGUCCCAUCUUUGCCAUCUUUGCGAGUACAAUUCAAGGAGAAAACACCUCUACCACCACCACAGUCUACCACCUAAUCGAUCAUUCACAUGUUUAAUGGGUCCAACCGUGUACGCGCGAGCGAGAUAUCGAGAGAAGGAAGAAAUCAAGAAGAAGCACAAGGGUCUCGGCCGGACACGAUAUGAAAGCGGGUCGACGAGCACAAGUUCUUUACGUCCGUUUUGGUUCUUUCCCGAUCCUACUACUGUGUCCACCGCAUGAUCCGCUUCUUCUCAACCCACGAAACCUUAACUACCUCCAAUCAUCAACUGUUUGUGUUUGUGCAUCGAAAGGCAAACUCCCACGGGUGGCCAUGAGCCACGAAAAUGAACGAAAUUCAAUGUCCACGAUCCCGCCGACCGUAGACCAACAACAAUAAUGUGCAACGUAAGGCUCAACUCAAGCAAUAGGUGUUUGGUGUGCUUCUCUGCCCUACCAUCUUGAGCUCUUUCGUCCGAGUUUGUCCUCUUACACGAUCGAGGAGAGUCUUCUUCUCGAUCGUUAACACCACUUCUCUCCAGCGGUCGAGGCGCGGUUCGGUACUUUCACAUUCUUUCGCCACUGAAAUCGACAACGAGGAGCCACCGAGAGGAGCGGAAGGCUUUCUUGCUGCUGUGACCCCCGCCGGACACACAUCGCACUUUAUAGAAAGUGAAGUUGUAUGUUAUGUCGAUGCCUAGAAAUGCGUAUAUUUGGGCGAACUAAGAGCAAUGUUUUAAGAAAAAUUAA